AUGCCUCGAGCUUCCUCAUCACCUGCACUCUCUUACAUGUCUGGCAAUAAUGCCUGGCUAACUAAUAAUUAUCCAACACCUGAUAACGCUCAAUCUCCACCAACAAAUAAUUCCGUCUCCACCUCUCAACCAACAAGUCCUCCAAAAAAUGUAUCCAAUUCCCAACAAAGUCACCCUCGAAUUACUAGAGAUUCUAGUCUUUUAUCUGACCUCCCCUCAGGUGCGUUUUUCUCUGAAGAACCUUUACUAGGAACUGCUACUUCGGUCCCUUCCUUUCCUCACGAUUUAAGUGAUACGUUUCCAAACACUCCACCAGAGGGCUCUCACGAUCCUUCCAUUCAAAAGGAACAAGUACAUCCGUAUAUUCAUAACUUUCAAGGAGAGAACGAGACAAAUUUAUCUCAACAAGAAAUAUUAAAUUCACGGCAAAGUCCUGGUGGUAAUCAAGGUACUUCCUCACUUGAUACUGGACCUUUAAAUGUUGAUGAUAAAUUAAUCAUGAAUACUACCUCGCACGUUGACCAAUUAAACGUACCAAAUACUGAUCUUGUUGAAGAUGAUUGGCCUUUAUUAUCUCAAUAUCAAGAUGAAUCUAUAUUUGCUAGGCACGAUAAUGAUUAUUUUCAUAUUUUGCAAAAUAAUCGCAUAAAUAAUUUGUCAAUGCCGAGUCAUGUAGGAUAUGAUGGUGUUUUAUAUGAUGUUGAACAAAAUGCGAAUGUUCCCUUUAUUUCAGACAGUUUGAACCGUGGUUCUCAAAAAGGUGUUAUAAAGUCAAAUAUACCAGAUAAUAACGUUGUUAACAUUGAAGAUACUGGACUUUCAAAAGAACAUGGUACUAUACCCAAAGAUGUUGGAUCACUAUUAUCUGGAAAACCUAUCGUAAAUGCAGAUGUUGAACAUUCAGAGUGUGACGAUGAUGAGUUUCCAGAGUCACAUGAAGAGAUGCCUUGGAGUUUCAUGAAUAAGAUUGGUGAUGCAUUACGUAGGCAAAGUAAUUAUUUUGAAAAUAUGUCUAAUAUGUUUUCAACGAUGGAGUUUGCAAAAGUGGAUCCACAAAGUGAUGAUGAUAUCACAACCUCUACUCCCACCGUUUCUGGAACGAGACGUAGUAUGCGCCCAAGAAACAAGACUAGUUAUAAUUACCCACGGUAUUAUUCAAGUGGAAGACGAUCAAGGAAACGUCGACGUAAACAUCCCAUUCGUUCAACAUCUCAUACGUCUCAUUCAGCAACAGAGAACGAAGCUGAUGUAGAUGAUAUUUCAAUUUCAAAUUCUGGUCAUGGUCAUCAGAUCGAAUCAGAUGAACAUACUUACGAAUUAUCUCCUGUACAAAGUGACUUAGAAGAAACCCCUGAAGAUGUUUCUAGUAUCACUGAUGAUGUAAAUAAUUCCAAUAAUUUUUCACGGAAACAUGAUCUUCGUUCAAGGAAGGUCAUUUCAAACUAUAAACUCCCUGGUACACCUAUUACGGCCAGACGUGCUAAAAGACUUAAAACUUCUCCAAAAGUAUCUAUUCAAAAGAUUUCAAAUAAUGGGAAAAUUACUCCAAAACGCAAAAAUAUUCGACGAAAACCAACAAAAUCAGAAAAGUCCAUAAGAUCUAAAAAACUUGUAAAAAACACAAGGCCAACUUAUAGUCGUAAAAGAAAAGAAGAUAGUGAAUGGAAAAUGGGUGAUGACGAUGAUGAAUCUGAUUCUGAAUCACAGGAUAGUCCCAGUGUGGGUACACCUGCUAAACGUCAACGGCCUCCUCCAAAACCGCGUAUCUCCCUAAAUGCAUCUCCGAGAACUCGUAAGAUGCAUACAACAUCUAAACCUGAAGCACAAUCUUCUAAACAAAUUUCUAAACCUGUUGAAGCUGAUAAUAGUGAAGUUAAAAGAAUUACCACUAGAAAGCGUUCUUCGAGUCGUGCUCAACAAUUAAAUCCAGUGCUGGUUAAAAGACAAACAAGGUCUAAAAGUGGUAUUACGAGUAGACGUCCUAAAAAAGUUCGAGAUGAAACUAUUAUUGAUAGUGACGAUGAAAAUGCUGAAGAUCUGAAUGCACAUGAAAAAAUAUCUGAUAUUGAAUCGGACAAUGUUGAUUCAAUUGAAGAAACAUUGGUUGUUACCCCAAUAAAAAGUACAUCUCCCUCAAAAAGAGGUAGAAAACAAAAAAUUUCUAGAGGUGGCAUUCAAAAAAGAAGUGUAAGACGAAAUAGAACUAGUAGCACAACUACUGAUAACAAUGAAGUUAAAAGAAUUAACACUAGAAGUCGUUCUUCGAGUCGUGCUCAACAAUUAAAUCCAGUGCUUGUUAAAAGACAAACAAGGUCUAAAGGUGGUAUUACGAGUAGACGUCCUAAAAAAGUUCGGGAUGAAAUUAUUGAUAGUAACGAUGAAAAUGCUGAAGAUCAGAAUGCACAUGAAAAAAUAUCUGAUAUUGAAUCGGACAAUGUUGAUCAAAUUGAAGAAACAUUGGUUGUUACCCCAAUAAAAAGUACAUCUCAAUCAAAGAGAGGUAGAAAACCAAAAAUUGCUAGAGGUGGCAUUCAAAAAAGAAGUGUAAGACGAAGUAGAACUAACAGCACAACUACUGAUACUGGUGAGGUUAAAAUAAUUAACACUAGGGGUCGUUCUUCGAGUCGUGCUCAACAAUUAAGCCCAGUACCGGUUAAAAGGCAAACCAGGUCUAAAAGUGGUAUUACGAGUAAACGUCCUAAAAAAGUUCAGGAUGAUAGUAACGAUGAAAAUGCUGAAGAUCUUAAUGCACAUGAAAAAAUAUCUGAUACUGAAUCGGACAACGUUGAUCAAAUUGAAGAAAAAUUUGUUGUUACCCCAAUAAAAAGUACAUCUCAAUCAAAGAGAGGUAGAAAGCAAAAAAUUGCUAGAGGUGGCAUUCAAAAAAGAAGUGUAAGACGAAGUAGAACUAGCAGCACAGCUAGUGGGAAUACUCUGCUUGAAAAACCUCCGAUUCUUGACCUUGAUCCUGAACUAAUUUCUGUUCCAAUUUCUGUUCCUGUUCCUACUGAUGAUCCAAUUGUACAAAUUUCGAAUCCUGUUGAAGCUGAUGAUAGUGAGGUUAAAAGAAUUAACACUAGAGGUCGUUCUUCAAGUCGUGCUCAACAAUUAAGUCCAGUGUCGGUUAAAAGGCAAACCAGGUCUAAAAGUGGUACUACGAGUAAACGUCCUAAGAAAGUUCGGGAUGAAAUUAUUGAUAGUAAUGAUGAAAAUGCUGAAGAUCAGAAUGCACAUGAAAAAAUAUCUGAUACUGAAUCGGACAAUGUUGAUCCAAUUGAAGAAACAUUGGUUGUUACCCCAAUAAAAAGUACAUCUCAAUCAAAGAGAGGUAGAAAACCAAAAAUUGCUAGAGGUGGCAUUCAAAAAAGAAGUGUAAGACGAAGUAGAACUAACAGCACAGCUAGUGGGAAUACUCUACUUGAAAAACCUCCGAUUAUUGACCCUGAUUCAGCUCUUGUUUAUGUGCCUGAUUUAGUUUCUGUUCCUGCUGAUGAAUCAAUUGUACAAAUUUCUAAUCCUAUUGAAGCUGAUAACAAUGAAGCUAAAAGAAUUAACACUAGAAGUCGUUCUUCGAGUCGUGCUCAACAAUUAAAUUCAGUGCCGGUUAAAAGACAAACAAGAUCUAAAAGUGGUACUACGAGUAAACGUCCUAAGAAAGUUCGGGAUGAAAUUAUUGAUAGUAAUGCUGAAAAUGCUGAAGAUCUGAGUGCACAUGAAAAAAUAUCUGAUACUGAAUCGGAUAAUGUUGAUCAAAUUGAAGAAACAUUGGUUGUUACCCCAAUAAAAAGUACAUCUCAAUCAAAGAGGGGUAGAAAACAAAAAAUUGCUAGAGCUGAUAAUAGUGAGGUUAAAAGAAUUAACACUAGAAAUCGUUCUUCGAGUCGUGCUCAACAAUUAAGUCCAGUGUCGGUUAAAAGACAAACCAGGUCUAAAAGUGGUACUACGAGUAAACGUCCUAAAAAAGUUCAGGAUGAAAUUAUUGAAAGUAACGAUGAAAAUACUGAAGACCUGAGUGCACAUGAAAAAAUAUCUGAUAUUGAAUCGGACAAUGUUGAUAAAAUUGAAGAAACAUUGGUUGCUACCCCAAUAAAAAAUACAUCUCCCUCAAAAAGAGGUAGAAAACCAAAAAAUGCUAGAGGUGGCAUUCAAAAAAGAAGUGUAAGACGAAGUAGAACUAAUAGCACAGCUAGUGGGAAUACUCUACUUGAAAAACCUCCAAUUAUUGACCCUGACUCAGCUCUUGUUUAUGUGCCUGAUUUAGUUUCUGUUCCUGCUGAUGAAUCAAUUGUACAAAUUUCUAAUCCUAUUGAAGCUGAUAACAAUGAAGCUGAUAACAGUGAAGCUGAUAACAGUGAAGCUGAUAACAAUGAAGCUGAUAACAAUGAAGCUAAAAGGAUUAACACUAGAAGUCGUUCUUCGAGUCGUGCUCAACAAUUAAAUUCAGUGCCGGUUAAAAGACAAACAAGGUCUAAAAGUGGUAUUACGAGUAGACGCCCUAAAAAAGUUCGGGAUGAAGUUAUUUAUAGUAACGACAAAGAUGCUGAAGAUCUGAAUGCACAUGAAAAAAUAUCUGAUAAUGAAUCGGACAAAGUUGAUCCAAUUGAAGAAACAUUGGUUAUUACCCCAACAAAAAGUACAUCUCCCUCAAAGAGAGGUAGAAAACCAAAAAUUGCUAGAGGUGGCAAUCAAAAAAGAAGUGUUCGGGAUGAAAUUAUUGAUAGUGACGAUGAAAAUGCUAAGGAUUUGAAUGCAUUUGAAAAAAUCUCUGAUUUUGAGUCCGAUAGUGUCGAUCCAAUUGAAGAAACAUUGGUUGUCACCCCAAUAAAAAGUACAUCUCCCUCAAAGAGAGGUAGAAAACCAAAAACUACUAGAGGUGGCAAUCAAAAACGAAGUGUAAGACAAAGUAGAGCUAGUAGUACAUCAAGUGGACAUACUCUAUUCGACAAACCUCCGAUUCUUGACCCUGAUCUAGUUGCUGUUUCUGCUGAUGAUCCAACUGUCCUUGCAAAUGCUGUUCGUGUUUUAACAGCAGGUCAAACCUAUGAUAUAGUAGAUACGCCUGGUAGUACUCCGGUUUCUCUGAUAGAUAGUCCACGCAUUAGUACACAUUCACCAGUAUUUAUGAAACCGGGAACUCCUAAAUCUCGUUCCGCAUCAUUCACAAAUGUGGACCAACCAGUAUUAGGAAGUGGUUCAUCUUCUGUUCAAACUUCCCAAUCUGCUGUUUGGACGAAUGAACACUGGUAUCAAUUGAAAGCUCUUUAUGAAGAUACUAAAAACGAAUAUAUACAAAAUGGCAAAACUGGAAGAGGAAGUGAAGAUGUAUACAAAGAUGCUGUUGCUAAAUUUAUUAUGAUAGACACAGAUAACAGGUCUUUCGGAGAAGAUAAUAUUCGCAAACGAAUAAUAGCUUUGGAAGCUGCAGAAUUUGAAAGGCAUUCGAAUAGAUUAAACCGGCGAGGUAGCAUUGAUAGCACAAGUUCAAUUGGAAGUCGCCCAAGUAUUUCACGUUAUGACUCAGCAUAUUUAAAUAUGCGUGAUACACCUGUUACAAAACGUAAACGCAGUGGUUCAACUUUAACUAACCUUGAGACUGAUGAUGAAAUUGAACAGUCUCCAUCUCGGCGUAGACGUGUUAUAUCUGAUGAUGACACCAACAACACAUCACAAGAACCAUCUAGCAGUAAUAGUACCUUCUCAAGAUUGCUAAGUGGAUUAUUUGGUAGACGUUCUAGUUCUGCUUCAAAUGUUUCAAAAAAUGACAACAAACUUGAAGAUUUGACGAACGAUGAAAACGAAGAACAACACAGUGUUACAUCUGUCACUAGCCCUGCUCGUAAGAGCAAGAGUUGGCUACUAUGGAAUUAA